CAUCACAUAGCUCUCUGCAUGCCACCGCUUCACUUCAUUGUCCUAGAAUUAUUAUACGUUGGUUUUCAAGGGCAAGUGCAGAAAAUUAAUUAACUUAGGCUCAUGGCUAGAGUGGCAGUUCUUUUGAUGGUUCUUGUGGCCGUCAGUCCGGCGGUGGCGACAGACUAUACGGUGGGGGACUCUCAGGGCUGGGCGAGCGGCGUCGACUACAGCACCUGGGUGGCUGGCAAGACAUUCAACGUCGGCGACACCCUUCUGUUCCAGUACAGCUUCAUGCACGACGUGGCGGAGGUGAGCAAGUCGGACUACGACGGCUGCUCGGCAUCCAACUCCCUCCAGUCUUACAGCGACCAGAACACCAAGAUCCUCCUCUCCAAGCCCGGCAGCCGCUACUUCAUCUGCGGCACCCCCGGCCACUGCUCCAGCGGCAUGAAGCUCGCCGUCACCGUCGCCGCCGCCUCCCCCUCCACGACCCCCGCCGGAGGCUCCACGCCGUCUUCGACCACCCCGACAACGCCGACUACGACUUCUCCGUCUUCCACCGCCACUCCCGCAUCCGCCAAACCGCCGUCCACAUCGAAGUCGUCGACGACCACCAGCGGCGCUGCGGCACGCGGCGGCGGGAGCGGGAUCUACGGCGCCCUGGUGCUCGUGCUGGGCUUCCUCGUGGGGAAUAUUGCGGUGGCGAUGGGCUAAGAGUGGAGAGGCGCAGGCGAGAGGCAGUGCUACAUAUAUACUAUUAUUAUUAUUAUUAUUAUUAUUCAUUAUUUGCUGUUGUUUAUUGAAACUGAUGAUGAUGUGUUUGUAUGGGGGCUGCGUAGGGUUCAUGCGUUUUGAUGAGUUUGGCUGUGUACUCAGUUGGUAGUGUCGUAGCUAUUUCCACGGCUCUUUAUAAUUUUACUUUUACGUACUUUUAUUUUUACUUUUUA